UGGGGUGCAACAUUAAGCCUCUAUAAGUGCAACUUAUCUGUCGCAUCAGAUUUUCAUCCACUACUUUGAUUUGUUGUCGCGUAGUCAUUUGCUAGUUUUGUCAAGCCAGGACAAAUUUUGUGUCUAUAGAUCCUGCCUGAACUUAUGUGAAUCACGUUUGGAUAAUAAUACCGAAACAUCUAAACAGAGAAAGAUGGGAGCAAAUAGAGUGAGAGAAGAUGAUGAAUCUAAGGAUGAUGUUCUUCCAAACUUGUUCGAGACAAAGCAAGUUAAUAAAGUUCAGCUAGUUAUUCGCUGGUUGUUUUCGAUUUCUGUACUGAUAAGUAUAUGUCUGGUUUGGUUCUAUAGAUUUAAGUAUGUUCCAACAAGUGUUGCUGAAGCUGACAAUCAUAAGCUUGGAACAAGAAGAUGGAUCUGGAUCGGUUUGUUUGCAGCAGAAAUUUGGUUCGGGUUUUACUGGAUUCUUUCUCAGCCUCUUCGUUUGAAUCAAGUUUUUCGUCACACUUUCAGAGACAGACUGUUACUCACCAGAUACGAGGAGAAAUUACCACGUGUAGAUGUAUUCGUAUGUACUGCCAACCCGGUGAUAGAGCCACCAGCGAUGGUGAUCAACACUGUGUUAUCGGUAAUGGCAUACGAUUACCCUCCGGAGAAACUUAGCGUUUACUUAUCAGAUGACGGUGGUUCUGACUUGACGUUUUACGCGUUGUUAGAGGCUUCUCAUUUCUGUAAGUAUUGGAUACCAUUUUGCAAGAAGUUUCAAGUGGAGCCGAGGUCACCUGUUGCCUACUUCUCAACAACAUCAUCCAACUCCAAACAUAACUCAUCCAGUUUUAACAGCGAAGAAUGGUCAGCCAUGAAGAUACUGUACGAGAAAAUGGAGAAUAGGAUUGAGACUGCAACUAAGUUGGGUAAGGUUCCUGAUGAAAUGAGAGCGCGGCACAAAGGAUUUUCAGAAUGGGAUUCCGUUUCUUCUCCACGCGACCAUCAAACAAUUCUUCAGAUUCUGAUCGAUAGUCGAACACCAGAUGCUGUGGAUAUGGAAGAAAUUAGUAAGUUGCCAACACUAGUGUACAUGGCUCGGGAGAAAAGACCACAACACCACCAUAACUUCAAAGCUGGAGCUAUGAAUUCAUUGAUACGGGUAUCAUCAAAGAUAAGCAAUGGGAGUAUCAUCCUCAAUGUGGACUGUGAUAUGUAUUCAAACAAUUCAGUAUCCGUAAGAGAUGCUUUAUGUUUCUUCAUGGAUGAAGAAAAGGGGCAUGAAAUUGCGUACGUUCAGUUCCCACAGAACUUCGAUAACAUCAGUAAGAACGAUCUAUAUGGUGGGUCGUUGCGAGUAAUUGCUGAGCAGGACUUUCCGGGUCAGGAUGGUAAUGGAGGACCCUUAUACAUCGGGAGUGGUUGCUUGCACAGAAGAGAAACACUUUUGGGAAAAGAGAAUAGCAAAGCAUCUAAGAGAGGUCAAUGGGAAACUAAUGAUAUCCUAUCAAAGUUAGUACUUACAGAAAGCAUUGCUGAACUAGAAGACAGCGUGAAGGAUCUUGCAAAUUGUAUUUAUGAGGAGAAUACUCAAUGGGGAAAUGAGAUGGGAUUGAAGUAUGGUUGUCCGGUGGAAGAUGUACUGACAGGGUUAACCAUUCAAUGCCGUGGCUGGAAAUCGGUUUACUUGAAUCCAGAAAGGCAGGGGUUCUUGGGUGUUGCUCCAAACACAUUAGGUGACACUCUUGUGCAACAUAAAAGAUGGUCUGAAGGAGACUUUCAGAUUUUUCUUUCAAAAUACAAUCCUUUUCUGUAUGGACAUAAAAAGAUCUCUUUAGGACUUCAAAUGGGUUACUGUGUUUACUGUUUGUGGGCUCCUAACAGCUUACCCACAUUAUACUACCUUGUCAUCCCUCCACUUUGUCUUCUGAAGGGCAUUCCCUUGUUCCCAAAGAUUACAAGUCCAUGGUUCCUGCCUUUCGCGUAUCUGAUCAUCUCAACGUACACAUACAGCUUGGCUGAGUUUUUAUUUUUUGGUGGCACACUUCAAGGAUGGUGGAAUGAGCAGAGAAUAUGGAUGUUUAAAAGGACAACCUCGUAUUUGUUCGCAAUCAUUGAUUCCAUCAGCAAGCUAUUAGGAUUGUCCAAGUCAGCAUUCGUCAUCACGUCUAAGGUUGCAGAAGAAGACGUUUCCGAGAGGUAUGAAAAAGAAAUAAUGGAGUUUGGAACAUCUUCUCCCAUUUUCACAACAAUCAUUGCAACCCUUGCUUUGAUCAACCUAUUCAGUUUAGUUGGAGGUUUGAAAAGAGUGUUCAUUGACAUGAAACUCGAGACGACUGAGCAGCCAUUGUUAAUACAAGUUGUCCAGUGUGGUUUUGUAGUACUUAUAAACUUACCAGUGUACCAAGGACUAUUUAGAAAAGACAAGGGUCGGAUUCCGCCUUUUGUGUCUCUAAAAUCAGUCACUUUGGCUAUAUCAAUCUGUAUAUUGCUAUCUUCAUUGUACUAGAUUAUGAUUAUUAUGGUUCUACAUUAAAAUGUAACAAAUUGAGAAGUCAAAUAAUGUUGGGGGUAAUAUAUUUCUCUUUUUCUAUUA